UUAUUUAAUUUUGUAGGCUGGCGAUACAGGGUAACAGUUGUCAUUGAGGCCAGCCAAAGAAAGAGAUCAAUUUUAUAUUUUUGUGCAAAAAAAUCCAUUAUUUGGAUGAUGAAAGCAAAAAACGCAGCUGUUAAUGAUAGCUCUCUAGUGGCAGAUACCAAAGUGAAUUAAAAAGGACUGUUAAAAUGACUUCAUCGGAGUUAGACAGCCGGAACAUCGCCAUAUCGAUGAGAAAAUCAGUGGAGAACCUAGUGAUAUCAUCGCAGGAUGCCAUCGGUCAGAGCAUCAGUCAGGCGCUCACAUUCUCCGGAGUGAUCACACAACAUGCCAACAAUAUUAUACCAGAAAACAGGAGCGUGUCUCGGUCGCCGUCUCCGUCGCCGUCGGCGCGCGACUCGCGGAACACCGACAGCGCCAGUGAAGCGAUAGAUAAUGACAAGACUUCCGAGGCGUCGGUGCAGCUGCUGGCGGCGGGCGGCGACUCGGCCUCCGUGUCCAGCGGCGAGCUGCCCGUCACCGUGGUGGCAGCCCCCGCCAGCAAGGGCGACAACCCCAGGCUGGCUGGCUCCAAGCUGGACCCCGCGCGGACCAAGAAGAAGAGCUGGUACAACGCGCUCUACCCCACCUACAAGAGCAAGGCCGAUGACUUCAAGCGCCUCUUCAAGGACCUGCCUGAUGAUGAGAGGCUUAUAGUUGACUACUCAUGCGCACUACAGAAGGACAUCCUAGCCCACGGACGGCUGUACGCGUCGCAGAACUACCUGUGCUUCUACGCCAGCAUCUUCGGGUGGGAGACCAGCAUGACCACCAGGUGGAAGGACGUCACCGCCAUCACUAAGGAGAAAACUGCGCUUGUAAUACCCAACGCCAUCCUAGUAUGCACGGAGGGCGAGAAGAACUUCCUGACAUCGUUCUCCGGCCGCGACAAGGCGUACCUCAUGCUGUUCCGCAUCUGGCAGAACGCACUCAUGGACCAGCCCAUGACCAGCCAGGAGUUCUGGCAGUGGGUACACAGCAGCUACGGCGAGGAGCUGGGCUUCAACUCGGACGAGGAGGGGUACGGCCGCGACGCCAUCGACGACGUGCCGCCUCUACCGCACGACGCCGAUCAGGACCUGGUGGAUGCGUCGUGCAUGGAGGGCGGCGGCGAGGAGCCGCGCGGCCCGCGCCCCGCCGCGAGAGACGCAGACCCACCACUCGUGACGAACGGCGAUGCGUCGUACCGCGAGGAGGAGGCGGGCGACACGCUGCCCACAGACAUGUCCGACACCAGCGACAGCGAGCCCGACAAGCCGCACAAUGGUGGCGACGUGGAGAAGUGCACGGUGGCGCACGACGGCAAGGUGCUGAUCCGCCAGGAGUUCCCCUUCAACAUCGACCAGAUGUUCACCAUGAUCUUCACCAACUCCAAGUUCAACCUCGAACUACUGGCUGCCAGGGGGACUACGGACUAUGUACAGGCGCCGUGGCAGGCGGCGGGCGGGCUGAAGUGCCGGCAGAUCAGCUACACGCUCGGCCUCACGUCCGGACCCAUCGGGCCCAAGGAGGUGCAGGUCACCGAGACACAGGUAAUGAACAAAUGCUCUGCCCCGGGCGUGCUGUACUCCAUCGACUCGACGAGCGAGAACGCGGGCAUCCCCUACGCGGACUACUUCAGCGUGCAGGUGCACUACUGCCUGCAGCGCCGCGCCGACCACGCCACCGAGCUCGCGCUCUACGGACACGUCAAGUACAAGAAGACCAUGUGGCCUAUGAUUAAAGCAUUCCUAGAAAAGAACACGAUAUCAGGUUUAGAAGAGUUCUCGCGUCUGCUGGAGUCGCGGCUGACGGCCGAGGCCGACUGCGCCGUGCCCGCCACGCGCAAGUCACGGAGACAUCGACGGGUUACCACAUCAUCUCAAGAGCCGGGCAUACCUACAGCAGUGAAGCUCCCGACAGCUAGCUUAGUGGCGCCCAGGGCUUCGGUCUCGCGCGUCACGCGGCCCGGCGGCCGGUCAGCCACCUGGCUAGCCGCAUUGUUGGCGGUGCUACUGCUCAUCAAUGCGGCACUUUACUACAAGUUGUACUAUACGGAUCGGAGCAGUUAUGCCUUCGAUCUGGAUGAUUUGCAGAAUAGGCUUCACUCUAGCCGCGGCGCGCAGAUGUCGGAGUGGUCUGCGCUGCUGGAGCAGCACUCGCAGCGCCAGCGCGGACAGCUGCGCGCCUGGCGCGACGCGCUCGACCGCACCGUCGCGCAUCUCGCGCAGACGGAACAAGCGCUGACGAAACUAUUAGAGACGAUAAAGCCUUCUCUAGAGAAGGCGCAGAAAGAAGCGGAGUCGCGGGACGAACUCUGAGCUAAUACCUGAUGUCGCUCGUACGUGCGGGUCACUUUAUAUACAGAUAAGUGCAGAUAUACUACAGUUUUUACGUAAGGUAUAUGUAGAGAUGGUUUUGUAAAGAUACUGGCAUUAUAAAUGGUCGAAGUGGCAAAGAUUUAGAGUAAAAUUGAAGCUCGUGAGAUAUUUGCAAAAUAAGUUAUUUGCCUUGAAAUGGAAGUCAACAAGUCUGGGCCGUACAAUAACUUCUUAAAUUAUUCAUUUAUUUAUCUUUACAUUGCUCAUUUGCUCAAACAAAACGCAGUAAGAUAUAAAAGUAUACGAAGAUAUUACAAAACUGUGUGAUUCUGCACAACGCAUGUAUAUAAAGUCAAUCGCGUGUCGUGAGAGAGGUAUAUUUGAUCCUAAUACGUCUGCUAGAGGUUUUCUCGACAGUUACACAAAUCUUUUAAUCUUAAGUUCGAAGCACUAUUUAUUUAUAAACCGCAACACAUUAUGUAUUCCUUUUCCAUCAGAAUAUCUUUUGAUGAGUGAUUUAAUUACUAUUCAAAUGAAAUAACUUUAAACUAAAAAUUAGUUAUAUCACUCAUGAAAAGAUAUGCCAAUAACAUUUUGACCAAUUCCUCAUUCCCUUUAGUUAUAGAAAGAAAACCUCACAGAUCCCCACUGUGAUAAAGUAGAUACAAAUAAUAAUUUUAUUCCUCUAGUGAAUACUGUAAUCCUUCGUGACGUAUGACGCCAAGCGUUUACUUUCCAGUUUCCUUGCUUAAUGUUAAUCAUUGUAAAAUAUAUUUAGUUUUAAUUUAAGGCGAGGUGGAUAAGGCCCUGCGAGUAUAGACUUAAUUUAGGUACUUAUAGAUGCUACAGAAUAUUUGCGCAGCCUUUAUAAGGUUUGGCGCCUCAGUCUUUGUUUACCGAAUUAAAUAGCUUAUAUUAAAUGCAUUCAUAAUAUUGCCAACUUCGUACUUAACAUAACACUUUUAUCAUUCGAAGUUUGGCAGCAAUUUAGGGCCUUAUUUGUCACUGUACUUCAUUUCCAUUGUAACAAGCGCGCUUUAUAUAUCAUCACAAAAUAAACAUUACUCAUAACGUAUACUGUACUUUGAGCUAAAGAAAUCCAGUACAGUGGACGCGAGGCUUGAGUUGAGGUUUAUAACGUCAGAAGUACUUACGGCAGUUAUUUUAAAUUCAUGUACAUAGGUGUGUGUGAACAGUUUGGCGACUCGAUAUGGGCCCUGACACUUACUGCAUUUUCGAAGUGAGUGUGUCCGGGAACCUAACGAGGUCAUUGUCUUCAUAAAUGUACAGAAAUCAUAUUUAUUUGCUUGUCGACUAAAAUAUUGUGUACAGUUGAUGUGAGUUUCUCGGGCGCAAUAAUAGUUAUUAAAAAUUAUAUAAUAGAACCAAUUAAAGCUUAGGAAACUGCGAUCGCUUCAUGAUGCAUAAAAUGAAUUCACCUUUUUGGCGCCUGCAAUUUUUAAGGAAUACUUUUUUGUAUUUCCUUUGUGGUAAUUUUAUAAAUAUUUAUAACAGAUAUUAAUGAACUCUUAUGAAGCGUAUUUACAUGGUUUCUUCAAGUACAUACGAGUAUGUACGUAUUUAACAAAAUUAUUGACAGCUCUACCAAAAAUUGUUAACCAUGCUUGGUAUAAGGUUCCGAUCGUUGCAUUUGAACAGUUAGAUUAGUUAAACGUAAGGGUAUUGUGUAGUUGACUACCGCCAAACGUCGUCAUAUGCGGCAUAUUGCUAAGCAUACAUUAUAUAAAUUAUUCAUAUUGUAUUUCAAAUCAAUCAGACAUGUAUUCAUUCCUUUAAUUAAAUUUAUAUUUUUGUAUAUUUUUCUUGUUGCCUAAAUGAUGAACUAAAAACCAUUUUUAUAUUACCACUACAUUUUCAACAUUAUUAAUUAUUAAAUAAAACUUGUAAAUACCAGUUACACUCUUUUAAUAUCAGCAAGUCGCAAGAAUAGAUACAUGUCUGAUUCAUGGAGUUAAUAGUCGAAUUAUAUUCAAAUACGAAUCUAAAAUUAUAUAGAUUUAUAUGUCGAAAAUUAAAAGAUUAUUUAUAAGGAAAUUAUCACGGUGUUGUUUAGGAUAUUCAAAGAGUAUUAAAUAUAAGUAAGUCAAUAUUAACGACUAGAUAAAAAAAGGAAAAUAUGCAAAUUUUUCAGUUGUAGUAAUGAUCUCUUAUUGUAAAAAUAUUUUACUACACCUAGUUAUGUUCGGUGCUCUAGUUUUAUUGAAAAUGUAAUGUUUUUAGUUAUUUUAAAUUAAUUUGAUGUUUGUAUAUUCAACAUGUCAAUUAUGUUAUUAUUUAUUGUAAAAUCAUUAGAUGCAAUCCACUUUACAUUGAAUUCAAUGCCACUGAGUAACGUAUACCUUCACCGGGAACUGUGUAAUGCCUUUAGAUAAUAAAUACAUCGUUAUAUGAUAUUGACUCAUCGCAGUUGUAUUCAAAUUUCAUUCCAGAUGUGUGAAAUGAUCUGAACAUUGUAGAUAAGUUGGAAUGGCGGGACAAAUUAUAUAGAUUCCUAUUAGAUAUACCUUUAUUGUGCAUUUCAAUGUCAAAUGGAGUUGGGUAGUCUAGAGAAGUGAACGCCGCACUAUGUAUAAGAAACCAUCGGGAUAUAGGUAAUCAAAUUUUUAAAAUUCAGAACUGGCUCAACUAUCGUCAAUAUAAAUUAUGCCAGUUGAAAUUCUAUUUUUUCUUGACUUAACGUGUGGACUAGGUGCAUAUCUAAUCGCCUCUAAAAAGCUGCGAGUGUCAAGUUGCUCAAGUCCUCAGACGUGUUGUGUAUUGUGCUACUGCUGUUGGGUAACAGUUGUAUAGUUAUCGGCACGGAUAAUGAGCUCUCGGCGGAAGAGCGGGAUCGCUUUGCGCACUGUACGCAUGAUUAUACCGUCGUAGUACCUAUAUACAUAUUGGUCAAACUUAUAUCGCAGCCCUUUUUCCGUGAAUGAUUUUGAACUCUAUUCCGGAUCCCAGAGAAUAGUUUAUCAGAAUGUAAAGACAAUCGGAAACGGUGCUGUAAAACCAUUGAAAUUCUAAUUGGAAGCUGAGCAAACACUUCUAAUAUCUAGACUUGUUUUAGCCAUGUGGCUAUGACAAAAAAAAGACCUAGGCUACAGUCUGAUGAAUGAAAUGUGAUUGAUAAAGCUCCCGAUGGUCACUUAUUUGCGGUGUCCACUUCAUUGUCCGUUGUCAAUGCGUGAAAUGGAACGCUUGCCGGAACUACGGUGGGUUUAUUGCACAAUUAAUUCCAUUUAGGUGUAAUGGAUUAUGUAAGUUAGACAAUUCUAUUCUCAGUAUUGAAUAAAUAUUUUAAUGAAUUAA